AGAUUUGUUAUCUCGUGUCUUUCAGGCGUAAAUCAGUUGGAGGCCUACGCGGCGUCCUCGGGGUCGUCCGGGACGCCGGGCCAGCUGCCCCUGACGAGCUUCCGGGCGCUUCCGGCCAAGAGCAACCUGAAGCGCAGAUUGACCGACUGCAUGGAGAGCGACGAGUCGCGGGGCAACGUCGACGAGCCCCUGAAGAAGAAGCGCAACAUCCACUUCGACGCGGUGACGGUUUAUUACUUCUCCAGGGCGCAGGGCUUCACCUGCGUACCUUCCCAGGGCGGCAGCACUCUGGGCAUGAACGCGACGCACACGCACGCGGAGAGGUUCUCGUUGUCGGAGCACGCAGCCGAGCAGAGGCGGAUUCACCGCGCGCGACUAGCGCAGUUGCGCUCCGAGCGCAAUUGCGCGACCAAUUGCGUGACCGAGACGGCGUCGAGCUCGGAGGACCCGAGCGACGACACCGACGAGGAGCCGAGCGACAACGAGGAGCUCGACAUCGACAGCUAUUACUUCCUGCAGCCGGUGCCCACGUGGCAGCGCCGGGCACUUCUCCGGGCCGCCGGGGUCCGGAGGAUAGACGGGGUCGAGAAGGACGAAUGCCGCGAUAUCCGCGCCAGCAGGGAACACUGCGGAUGCGGCUGCAAAGGAUACUGCGAUCCCGAGAGCUGUCCUUGUAGCAGGGCCAACGUAAAGUGUCAGGUGGAUCGACCGGGUUUCCCUUGCGGCUGCACGCGGGACGGUUGCGCGAACAGCACAGGCAGGAUCGAAUUUAACCCUGUGCGGGUGCGAACGCAUUUCAUCCAUACGCUGAUGCGAUUAGAGUUGGAAAAGAAGCAGCGCGAGGAGGACGUCGGCGGCGAUCACGAUCAUCUAGUGGACAAUCAGGGACAAGGUAGGGGUGCUCGUUCCCUGAGAGACAUCGGUUCCUUGGGAAUGGACGCUACCGUGGGCGGCGACGCGUGCGCGAUCCCGGGUACGGGACCCGGGGGAGGUGGCGGAUUCACGACCUUGCACUACGAGACGGGUCACGAGAGUGUCGGAGCUGGCGUGGCUGGUUGCCAACCGGAAGUGCCCGGCACGCGGGAGGACAGUCUGGACUUGUACGCCAUCAGGGACGACUGUUACGCGAGCGAAGACGCGGUGGAUAGCAGCCAAUCGGUCGUCGUGCAACGGAAACUGCACCCGGAAUUCGGCCAGGCCUUUCAAAGCUUUUCGCCCGGCGUGCAGAGCGGCGGUGCCGUUAACGGUGGCGGUGGUGCUGGCAAUGGCGGUGGCGGCAUGAGCUUCCAGCAAUCCUCGUAUCAGGACUACGGAUACGCGAGUCUACCAUCCUCGUCGCGGUUCCAGCCGCCGCAGUUCCAGUCACCGCCCAAUCCGGCCGCCUUCGCGCACUACGGGCCCUACGGCGGGCCCCAGGACACCGCGGGCACCGGUCUUCAGGGUGGCUGCGCCGGCCAGGUGCACCAAAUGCAGCCGCAGCCGUCGCAGAGCCAGCAGCAGCAACAGCAACAGCACUCGUCCUACGACGUGACGGUGUUCGCGCAGGAUGACGCCACGAGUACCGCGCAGUACACGAAUCUCACCAACUCGGUGCAGCCGAUGAAUGCGACGGUGGUGCAGCAGAUGCAGAACAAGCUCGAGCCCUUCUCGGAACUCCUUAGCGGCAGGUAUUCGUACUACGGCGAGAUGCACGAACCGCAGCAGCACCACAGUACUUACGGUACUCACGGCAAGGUCGCGGAGAUGAUGGAGCCCGGUCAGGUCACCAGCGAGCAACAGCCCGAUGGCGCGUCUGAGGACUGCGACGAGAACUUCGGCGAGAUCAUCAAGAAGUCCAUGGUCGAGACCGUGUCUGCCUAGGAUAAAGAAAGCCUAUCUCGCGGGGAACUGUAACCAGGACAAGUACUGAGGAUGCUCAGUGCGCGCCGAAAGAUCGCUGCUGAUCUUUUCAAAAUCGGGAGGGUGAAGCCCUUUCCUGCUCGCGCGAUGAGCUCGAGAACAAGGAACUGGGCUCUUAGCGCUCGACAGUUCGUUUCCCUCGAGCUCUUUGCCCAGGAUCGUUUGGACAACGGACUCCGUUGAAUAUGGAGACACUCGACGCACUCCGUGAACGAUCUUGAUGGCUCGGUUUCUUCAAAGCCUGGAAGAUCGAAAUAUUUCGGAUCUCUUCCAAUUUUGCGAUAAUCUCGAAAAGGAGGACUUCGAGGACAACCUAGACAGAGGAGGAAACUCCGAAAUUGUUCACUCUCCCAUGCGAUACUCGAACAGGGGUGAACGUAGCGCCCUCCGAGGGAGAUGGAAGAUCUUCCGGGGCCAGGGCAUCGCGUUUUUGAGAGAUCUCGCCCAGAGAUCGUUAGGGAAUUUUAUGGCUACGACGUGUGCGUCCGCCCGGGAUGGAGAGACUCG